GACUACUUUGUUCUCUUUUUCUUGCUGCGGUUCCAAAUGGAGGAGGGUUCAAUGGCAUCUAUUGAAGAAGAAGUCGACGAUGUAGCCAGUACUCCUUCCUCGCCAGAGAACCCAUAUAAAGAUCCGGAUGAUGGAAGGCAACGGUUUUUGCUUGAAUUGGAAUUUGUACAAUGUCUAGCUAAUCCCACCUACAUCCACUAUUUGGCUCAGAAUCGCUAUCUUGAAGAUGAAGCUUUCAUUGGCUACCUUAAGUACCUUCAAUAUUGGCAACAGCCUGAGUACAUAAAAUAUAUAAUGUAUCCUCAUUGCUUAUUUUUUCUUGAACUUCUUCAAAACGCAAAUUUCCGCAAUGCCAUGGCACAUCCUGGCAACAAGGAACUGGCGCACAGGCAGCAAUUUUACUUUUGGAAGAAUUAUAGGAAUAAUCGGUUGAAACAUAUUUUACCAAGACAGCUUCCUGAGCCCAUUGCUCCACUCCCUGCUCCUGUUCCAUCCCAGCCACCUGUUCCACCUGUGCCACCUGUUCCAGCUACAUCUAUUGCUGUUACAGCACCCUCUGCUCCAGCUCUUUCUCCAAUGCAGUAUGCUAUUCCCCAUGGAUCAGCUCUUGGAAAAAAUGAUAUGCGGACCAGUGGGGUUGAUCGAAGAAAAAGAAAGAAAGAAGGAUAGACCCUCUGUUAUAAAAGGAAAGAGAAUGCUGGGGCGGGAUGCCUACUAAGGUAGUUAAUGUUUUCUUGUCCUCCUUGGUUUAUGAGAUUGAAGAGGGAUUGACACCAAUUCUCUAUUAAAAAAUGUUGACACUAUGAUUACCACCUUUGUAACAACAUAGAGCCCUGAUGUUUCCUAGGUUACAAUUAAUUGCUUAAUCUAGAUUUAGCAUCUUGACAUUUCCUUAAUAGAACAUUUACUUCAUCGUUCUUAUGCUUCUUGAAUGAUGAUCUGAGUACUUCAUGAAAGUCGUUCUGCUCCAA